AUGGUGUCUUUCAUGCUCUCGAGUCUUGUCAGCGUCUUCGCAGCCAUCGGCGGCGUGUUGUCUAUGCCUCUUAUAGACACGACACUUUCUGCUCGUGCAACACCUGCAGCCCCCCACUUCGUCAUUUACAGCGACAAGUGGGUCUCCGGUGAGACUGGUCCUCCUCCCAUCAGCAAUAUCACAGGGUAUAAUGUCUUUGCUCUCUCGUUCUGGCUUAUCUCCGGCCCAGCUGAUCAAGCUGAAGAGUGGGCAUUGCUUGACAAUGCCACACGAGCAUCUAUCAAGACAUCUUACAAUGAUGCCGGAAUUUCUCUUAUUGUGUCUGCUUUUGGGUCCUCGGAUGCGCCUACGAGUGGGGGAUAUGAUCCUACGACAGUCGCCAAUGAUCUUGCGGCAUUCGUGUUGGAAUAUGAUCUUGACGGUGUUGAUAUCGACUACGAAGAUUUCAACGCCAUGAAUGCCAUGAAUGGAUCGGCAGAAACCUGGCUGACGACUUUCACCCAAACUCUUCGUGUUCAGCUUCCGCUAGGUCAAUACAUUUUAACCCACGCACCUGUUGCUCCCUGGUUCGCCGCGAAUUACACUAGUGGAGCUUAUCUGACGGUCAAUAAGAAUGUUGGAUCGUUAAUUGACUGGUUCUACAAUCAGGGUACGACGGAGUACACAACGUGUUCUGGCCUCCUUACGACAUCGUCGUCGUUGUGGCCGAACACUGCACUCUUCCAGAUUGCAGCAGCAGGAGUAUCUUUGGACAAGCUGGUGAUCGGCAAGCCAGCCACCACUAUAGAUGCGACCAAUGGCUAUAUGAACACCACCCUACUCGCACAGUGUGUGGACACCGCCUAUCAACAAGGAUGGGAUGCUGGUGUAAUGGUGUGGGAGUUUCCCGACGCCGCAGCGGCCUGGAUUCAAGCCGUACGCGCGUUUGCAUUCCCAGAAUAA